UAUUUGCUGGCCAUUAUUUCGCUCAGUGUAGCUCAGUGUAGUAGGAAAAUGUAAUCAACUCGAAGAACAAGACCUCAAAAAAACACACACACAGAGGAGUAUAUUGUGACAAGAAAUCAUCCAUUAAAGCAUUAUUUGCAUUAUCUUUUUGCACGUGUACACCUAAUGCAUGCUAUUAUGGCCAUUCUUAUUUGAUUAAUGAGCCAUUUGACUGGGAAACAGCAAAAGACGCUAUGAGUAUAACAGAAUUCGUGGCCAAAACGCCUUGAGCACUUUUCGUUAUCCAAAAAGUGGCAACAGUUUGGCCGGUUCUCAGAAGGCUAAGCAACUUUCCGCCUGCAAACUAAUAAGCCAUCUCAUCGCAUCGCAUCGCAUCGCAUCAUCUCAUCUCAUCUAAUUCCUUGACGGAUGCGUAAUCCAUGUGAUAAUAAUCAGCUACAGCUUCAUCAUGGUGGAGAUACAAAAGCCGCACUCGGCCCUAAAACGACCAUCGCUGAAACGGGAAACGGUCGUUGUUAACAACAGUGCGCCGACCAUCAAAAAGGUGACUCUGGUGCCCAAGGACGAGGAACUGGUGGCCAUUUCUCCGGAGCGCCGCAACUGGCGUGGCAUCUUCAUCGCCCUGCUGGUCAUCGCCGCCGUCUUCAGCCUGAUCAUAUUCUCGAUCUUUCUGCUGUCGCCGGAGGAUGAGGGUCUGCGGAUCCGGGGUCGCCGUAUGCUGCCCAGCGACAUCCUGGGCAGGAGCCUCCAGUGGAAGCCCUUCAACGGCACCUGGAGCAAUGGUCGUGAGCUCAUUUAUCGCGACCCAACGGGCGGCCUUUCCAUUCUCAAUAUGGCCGAUCUUACCACACGCAUUCUUAUGACCAAUUCAACAUUCCGCCAACUGAAUGCGGAAUCAUUUCUUGUCGCACCUGACCAGAAAUACGUACUACUGCAAUCGGACUCAAAUGCCGAGGGCUCCAGACAUCACGUAUACGAGGUGCAGACGGCCAACACAUUUCCGCUGGGUCCAACGGAGAACAUAGCGGAGGCGCCACGCCUCCAGCACGUGGUGUGGGCGCCAGCGAAUCCGCCGCCACCGCUUGGAGCACCACCACCCAGUGGUGCCAGCGGUGCCAGCGGCGCCAGCACCACCACAAUGGCCCCGCUGCCCAGUGGCAGCAUAAUCCUGAACAGCCUGGCUGGGGCUGCCAAUGGACCAGCAUCCACGGGAGUCUCCGGCUCCUCCGGUCCAAAUCCAAAUGGCAAGGCCGGCGGCUACACUUUGAACCAGGCCAUCGCCUUUGUCCACCACAACGACAUCUACUACAAGCCCAAGGUGCAGGGCGAACUUGUGUGCCGGAUAACGCAGACGGGAUCGGGUUCGCUGGAGGGCGAAUCCACAGGGGUGGUGUUCAAUGGGGUGCCCGAUUGGAUGUACGAGAAUGUGCCGGAGCUGGAGAGCCGCCGCAGCAGCAUGGAGUUCUCGCCGGAUGGACUCUUUUUGGCCUUCCUCAGCUACAAUGACAGCGAGGUCAACGAGUACAAAUACACUUGGAUGGGCGAUGAUGUCAAGUACCCGGCGGUGAUGAGCCAACGCUACCCCAAGACGGGUUCCCGCAAUCCGAAUGUGACGGUCAACGUGGUGAAUCUCUCGGUGAUUAAGUACAUCUUUCCCACGCAGAUCAAGCUGCCGAGUGAGCUCUCCAAUGGAAGCUACGUGGGCGGCCUGACCUGGGCCUCAUCCACUGACCUGUCGGUGACGGUGACCAACCGUGAGCAGACCAAGGCCACCACGGUGCUGUGCAGAGCUCCACACUUCCACUGCCAGGCGGUGCACACGGAGGUAACCAUUAACGAUGGCUGGGUUCUGCCAUCGGAACGGCCCAUCUUCUCGGUCCGCAACCAGGGACACAAUCGGCUGGCCAAGAUGGUCCAGAAUGCGGAGGAGAUCAUGGCGGAAAGUCAGAAUGUGAAUGUGACGGAUGGCCAAACGCACACGACCCACGAGAUCAGCAAUGGUGGCUACCUGCUGAAGCGUCUGCCGGUGCGGGAUGGCGAACACGGUCACUAUCGCCACGUGGUCUUCAUAUCCUCGCUGGACCGACGACCCGUUCCCCUGACCAUGGGUCGGUUCGAGGUCACCGAGAUCGUCGGCUGGGAUGAACCGCAUGAGAUCGUCUACUUCAUGGCUGCGCCGGAGAAGAGACCUGGCGAACGGCAUCUGUACAAGAUUAACCUGAAGCUCAAUGUCACCGAAUCGAAUCGGACGUACAUCACCUCCACAUCGCCCACCUGUCUCACCUGCGACAACACGGAGUCCACGUAUCGGCUCCACCGGGCCAGGAUCUCCCAGCGGGGCGAUCGGUGGGAGGACAUAGUGGCUCGCCUGGAGCCGGACGAUUGCCUCUACGAUAUACCCAAGAAUUGCCUGUUCAAUCGGGUGCAGUUCAGCCAGGACUACAGCUACUAUGUGCAGGAGUGCCUGGGUCCGGAGGCACCCAGUGUUUACCUGGUGGAGACGGCCAGCAAUGACAAGAUUUAUGUGCUAAAUGCCGGCGAUGUCCUGCGCCACCGGCUCUCCCAACUCGCCAUUCCGCAAUCGCGCACAUUCAGCGUGGAAAUCCGGCACGGAUUCCACGCCCAGGUGCGGCUCUUCCUGCCACCCGGAAUGCGAGAGGAGGAGGACGUCGCCUUUCCACUGGUGCUUCACGUCGAUGCCUCGCCGGGAUCACAGUUGGUAACAGAGCGCUUCCACGUCGACUGGAACUGGUAUUUGGCCAGCCAGAGGAGUUUUAUAGUGGCCCAGAUCGAUGGGCGUGGCAGUGGCUUCCAGGGCGAAUUGCUCCGCACCCAGGUACACGGAAAACUGGGCACCGUCGAGGUGGAGGAUCAACUAGGAGUCCUAACGUACCUGCGAGACAACCUGAAGUUCAUCGAUCCGCUGAGGAUCUGCGCCUUUGGCUGGGGCUACGGUGGCUACGCCUCCUCCAUGAUGCUCAUCGACGACUCCCAGCAGGUGCUCCAGUGCGCGGUGGCGAUCAAUCCCAUUGUCAACUUUGGAUUCCACUAUUCCUUCUUCACGGAGCGCUACAUCCCGCUGAAGGGCGACUACUUGCGUGCCCUCCAGGAGGCGGAUCUCACGAUGAAGGCGGGCAACAUCAAGGGCCGCAAUCUGAUGCUGAUGCACGGCACUGCGGACACGCUGGUGCAUCAGGAGCACACGCUGAUGCUGGUGCGGGCGCUCGUGGAGCAGCAGGUGAAGUUCCGGCACCAGGUGUAUCCGGACGAGGAUCACACCAUCGCCCGGUCGCUGAGCCACGUCUACAAGACGAUGGAGUGGUACUUUGACGAGUGCUUCGGCCCCGUGGACGACAACGAGUGGGACCCCACGGGUCUAUUCGUGUUCAAGCAAUAAUUAAGACCCCCCUACGAUCCUUACGACGAGGAUCCGCUGGCCAAUCAGCUCAGCGACAUCGACAUCGGGCCCGCCACCGAUGGGCAUCCGAAUGCGGAUGCCGCCGGCGAUUCCGCCGGCAGCAAUCUGUCCACCCUGCUGACCGCCACCACGACGACCGCCUCGCUAUCGGCGCUCGACGAACUAGACAACCGCCUGCAGGCCCUGGACCUGAUCACCUCCUCCACGGCCACCACCCUCAGCAAGGUCUCCGGCAAGCUGUGCAACUACAGCAGCAAGCGCCGGCUCCACCAGUCGGAGGUCGUGCUCGCCCAGAAGUCGCGCAUCCUCCAGCACUAGGGGAUUCACUCAAGGGGUGUCCUCCUCCGUGUGUCAAGCGUGUGUUUCCCGGGUGGGCAGAUCUAUCCUCAUUUCACUUUCGACACGAGUUUGCGGAAGUUCUUUACAUUUUGAUGCUCUAAUUUGUUUUGAUCAUUUUAAAUGAUUUUUUAGCACUUGUUUGUCCAUAUAAAUUAUCGAAUAUUAAAUUUAAAAUAAUUAAUUGUUAACUGAAGUCGAAAUCUUAAGUCUUUCAUUCAACUCCGCUGAUUGUUGACGAAAGUGAAAAUGAGGAUAACGUAUCCAAUUGCAGGUCUUCUUAAAGUUUAACUUAAUUUAAAGUUCGGUUA